CUGCUGCCAAUGCUAUUACCUCAGUAGACACCACUUACAGCCCGCUUGCCGUUCCAACGAUUUGCAAGCCGCUGCCACCUCGUCCACCAAAGCCAUGUCCAGGCCGAGUUCAUGAGGCUUCUCUCAACACUCCUUCGCCUUGAAGGAGCUCCAACAUGACACCCGACUCGGGCAACAUUCGUGUGUUCGUUCGCUUCGAUGAUGACGGGACCACCCUCUUCUCCGGCGAGGAAUUGAAGUGCACCAUCGUCUUCAAGAACGUAGCCCAAGCUGCCCCCAGCAGCGCCGGCUCCACCACUUCCAGCUCAAAUCAACUGCGGCCUCCUCCCCAGUCCCGUGCCGCCAUCCACCAUGCCUCCAGUCGCCUGGCCCCGCCCCCGUCGACAUCCACCUCCGCGCCCCGUCGAGGCCAUCGCCCCAGCUCGUCCAUGAGCGCCCCCGCAAAGACCUCGCGCAGUCGUGCAGGCUCCGUCCCGUGGACUCCCCCGUUCCAUCCGCCAGAGACACAGUCGAGCAAUGGCCAUGGUCAUGAACAAGGGCACAGUCACAGGAGAUCCGUGUCGAUCGUCUCCAUUGGGUCCGUCAACUCUGUCGACAGCCAUGCGACGAGCACCGCCGGCUCAACUACCUCGCGGCCAGGCCGCGGCCAUGGCCGGUCCGCGAGUCUCCAGAUAGUCUCUCGUGGCUCGUCCAUGGCCGGUCCACGAUCUGCCUCACACCCCCAGCGACCCUUCAACACGCCGACAUCACCUCUAUAUAACGCGUCCUACCCUCCGGAUCGAGGCUCUCCCUUUCACCGGCCCUCAGGGGCAUCCACCGUGCCACCAAGUAUUCCUGGCAUCGGCUCCGUAGGCUCUCCUAGAACACCGUCAGCCGUCUUGUCGGAGUUCAGGUUUCCUAUGGGCCCCUCGCCCCUGUCCGACAUUGCUGUUGGCCCUCCUAAACCUGCACCUGAUGCUGCGUGGAAGGGCGCUGCCACACCCCUUGGGGAGCCCGCGAACAUACCGAUGCGUCCAAGAGACCCGAUACCGAUUAUCAAUGAGCAGAUUACCCCGGCUGCCGCCCGAGUCCUCUCAACGAGUAGUAUAACUGGCACACCUAGAAGCAGUGGGGAGUUCUACUCCAUGAGCAAUAAUUCUACAGAGACUCUGGCCUCCGAAUACGUGCUGCAUCAGCCUAUGAGAACUCAUGGGAGGCCACCACACCUACGUCAAAAGUCCACAUUCUCCCCUCUGAAGGCAAAACGCCCCGAGGCUCUGAUGAUGGGUUACGCUCAGGUUCAGGGCUCCUUCACACUAGACGGUUCUCUGGUCGACCUUACGCCGUUUGAGCAGGUCAAAAGAAAGGCAGUGGUAGGAGGUCAGGGUGGCGGUGUUGUUGGCAUUGAGACCUCCAAAAAAGAGAAUGGGUUCAUGCGGAGCUUCGGCUGGGGCAGCUUCACCAAUUCGUUGGGAGAGCUGCUGGGUGCUGGCGAGCUCAGCAGCAUCAAGGAAAUGCGCGGGAUUGCCAGCUCCAAAUCAGUGCCGCUGUUGUCCACGCCACAGUCUAUUUUAUUCGUGGAUUUACAAUUGGCCCCUGGAGAAAGCAAGGCUUUCGAAUAUUCCUUCAGAUUACCCAAAGGCCUACCCCCGACGCACAAAGGAAAGGCCAUGAAGACAUCAUACAGCCUCGUCAUAGGGACACAACGCCCUGGUGGCACUAAAGAGCAACAAGUCAAAUCGGUCGAGAUACCGUUCCGCGUGCUAGGAAGUGUCAACAGCCACGGCGAAAUCCUCGGGCACGAUCUCAUGUCCCCUUAUGUUAUGCUGCGGGACCAGGCUCGAAUACGGACGAUUAGCAUGGGAGACAGCCUGUAUAUCGACAGGCGGCUCAGCGUGACAGAUGCACGAGACAAGAGCGGCAAAGCGGCAGACCCUGAAUCCACGAUGAGUGGGUUCCUGUCGUACGUGGACGAGCUGGUGAACAGCUCCCGGCAUGGCUCAGGUGCAGGUCUGCUAUCGCCGACCGCUGUCACUGGUUCUAGAAGACCGUCGCUCCUCGACGAGGUUAACAGUGCCAAGGAUGCUAUUGACCUGGCCAUAAUAAGGAGUAACCUCACGGCGGAAGGUCAGCAAAGCGCCAAUCGCUUCGAAAUUGCUCGCAACGGGCGUAAAGUUGGCGUUGUAAUGCUUGCGAGGCCUGCAUACCGGCUGGGCGAAGUCAUCACUAUGGCUGUCGACUUUUCGGGGGCCGAGGUUCCCUGCUUUGCAGUGCACGCUGCGCUCGAGACGUCUGAAAGGGUGGAUCACGGUCUAGCGAUGCGUUCCGAGGCAAGCAUUCACCGCGCCUCCAGGAAGGUACAUGUGUCCACAUCCGAGGCCACCUUGUUCUCCCGGCGCAUGGUGUUUAACCCGGCCAUACCGAUUACCGCAACCCCCGAGUUUGUUACCAGCGGCAUUAGCCUGGAGUGGAAGAUCCGGCUGGAAUUCGUUGUACCAUCUCAGGAUGUGGAACCGCCGCCGGUCGAAGACCAGCCCCAAGAAGACUCUGACGAGGAAGGCGAGCAAGGACAGGAAAGACGACUCAUUUCAGCGGAGAAAGCAAGAGCACAACCACAAGGCCCUCACCCGCUUCUAGAGGAGAUAUCACGAGAUGACCGCGGUGGCCUCGUCCUGGUAGCGGCGGAGAACCUCGCCUGCGAGAGCUUCGAGGUCGCCGUGCCGCUGAAGGUCUACGGUGCGGUGUGCAAAGGACUGGAACGGCUAGAGAGAGACGAGGCACUCGAGGAAGGGCUUGUAGUAUAGCGGACAUACCGCAUCUGAUGGCGCACAUGAUAGCACGGGAAAACGGGGGGAAGCGACGCAUAGAUAAAGGGGGCAUGGCAAAAUUUGAUUAGGCGGUUUUAUUGUGGGAUAGAUUCAAUCUACAAAAUGACUACAAGUAUGAUG